AUGGUUCUUGCCUUCUGGGACUUUCUGGAGCAAGGUACCUCUUCUGUUUUGUCAUCUUUUUUCCUUCCGUUUACUUCUUUCGGUACCGAGGCGCUAAUGGAGGAAAGAGUCCUACAGCCGACUUUUACGAGAGAAGGAAGGGGCACGUGUGACUAUUAUACCGUGUGGUGGAAUGACAGGUCAAGAGCCCAAGUUGAACGAAAUCCUCGGGAUCUUCGAUUUGCCCUUUGUCACAAUCGGGGAAACUGGAAUCUCGCAUCUUCCUCUGCCUGCUUCGGUGUCUCAACUUUUGCCUGCGCUAGCCGUGGCGGAAAGGUCCCUGUUUCGAUUCCAGAGCACUGGGGGACACAUGCCUUACUGCGCACCCGCGGACACAAGAACACAUGGGCGAAGUGUCUUCUGGCAAUUGGAACCGGAGACCGAGCUGGCGGGCAGGAGAUGGCCCCUGGGGCCCUGGGCUGCUGGGGUCGUCGCCUUGGGUUAGGUUGGCCCCCCAUUAGAGGUGCUGCAUCUCGCUUCGGCCGGCGGAAGAGUGCCGGUGAUGUGAGAGAUGAUGCAGCUGUAGGAUGCUGGGACCUGGGUCGACACACCCUCACGAGGUCUCUAGGCACAUCUAUUUGUACGCCGCACAAUGAUGCCUUUUCAGCUGCCAUACCGCCUAUUCGAAUAGGAAUAGUAGAGCGAUGUCAGCACACUGCAGUAUUAGUCGGUGAAGCAUGUCCUGAAAUACGACGGGAAGAUGACCUGAUGGGACUACCUGACUGGUGCUACGUUCACAAACACGCGCGUGUCAGUCGAAGCCAAUGCUGCGCUAGGCAGGGCCGUCACACUCGGCUUUAA